AUGAGGAUAUUUGAUAUAUUUGUAAUUGCACUAACCUGCCUAACAAGUCUCCUGGGCGCACAAGGUGACAGCGAUGAAGAUGACUGUGAAUUCAUCAAGUCAUUACCGGCAAAGUCCGACUCGAAGACACUGGAAUUUACUGUGAAGGACAACACUUAUCCCAGAGAAUACUGUGCGUACUGGAGAAUUGUUGGGUCCAGGUCUGAAGUGAUCAGAAUCGACGUAGCGACAAUCAAGCAAGUAGCGCCGGGCACAUGUAAAGACGCCUAUCUCAAACUAGACGAUUACGAAACUGAGGUGAUUGCCAGAGGGAAUUCACGGUUUCGAAUGAAAGGACCGCAAGUCACAGUCUUUUUUCGACCUGACCGAUGUCUACAAAAUUUCAGACUGACUUACAGAUCUUCAGUCAGUCAUGAGGGGACGGUUUCAGAUGGAGAUUCAAGUGGACUCCAUGACAACGACGACGAUGACAACAAUAGCAGCAGCAGUACGGGUACAGUCGUCGGGGCAGUGAUUGGAUGUGUCCUCGCCGUUGUUUUGAUCGUGCUUAUAUGCGUCCUUGUCUUCACAUGCAUCCGGCGGAGGAAAGCUCAGCAGGCGACGCCAGGAGAUGAGACUUCAGUUCAUUUCUGGAGCAAGCCAAACGCUUACACUCCGGGCACGACAGUGAGGCCGUCAACAUCGAGAGAUGCCUCACACGAGUAUGAUUCCUUGUCCGUCCCAGCUUCGCAUAAAUUAGGUCCAGCCGAGACCGGAGUUUACCACAACAACGUGGGCCUAGCCUCCAAUUAUUCUGUAGCUAUGGCACCAGUCCCCCCGCCUUACACAGGACACCCUACAAACUCAGUGACAGAAUCGUCUCACUUCAGCAAAGAACCACCGCCAUCUUACUCCGACGUCAUUCAAAAUAAAUAA